AUGACUUCGUCGUAUCGAAACUCACGGCCACCAUGGAGAUCUCCGAGCCAGAGUUAUACAUCGGCUCCAGAACGUCCUACUACUUUAGGAACAAGUUCAAACCGUUUUUUAAGUGGAAGUUCAUACAGGGCUUUAACCGGGAAUUCAGCUCUACCAACUCGUACGUACGGCAGCGAUUCAAGCUCCGUAACUGCACUAAAAGACAAAUUUUCUUCCAUUGCGAGGGACAAAGCUGUAUUAGCUGAUAAAAGGAUGAGAGUGGCGUCAUCAGGUUUUGGUAACAAACCUACUCUGAGAACUGGAAGUGCUAGCCGCUUCGGUGCGCCGAUUGUUCGAAGUCCGAUCAAGGAACAAUCUGUAACAGUUUUUGGAGUAUGCAAUGUACCAGAUAUAGAAGCAGAUACUCCAGUAGAUAUUAUGGUAUCAGUAGUCACUCGGAGUACGUCACCUACACCUCCUGCUCAUAGCACAUUUCUGCGAAGUAAGCACGCUGGACAACAAGAGUUUACUAUGUUAAUGGUACCACGAAAAUAUGAAAGAGGAGUAGAUGUCAAUUUACAAACUGACGAAAGAUUCCUUCGUAACAUGCCUAGUUUAAAAGUAGUAUCUUCAAUUCCUAAACCUAGGUAUGUUGGUAAUAGAUCAAGCUAUCAUUUUUCUAAGUCUAAAGACUAUGGAUCAACAAGUGAUAAUUCAGGUCAAGAACAAGAUUCGUAUCUUUCUGACUCAUCUAGCCACAGUAAAAGUCGUUCAAGUGGUGCAGAGACAUCAAAAUUACCUCAACCAAACUGGAAUAGAAAUAGAACUACGGAAAAGAAUCGAGAAGAAUCUGGCAUUAGUCGCUCUCCGUCACUUUCCAGUACGGCGGAAGAAAAACCACCAACAGGUCGAAAAAUCGAAGAACCUAAAUUAGUUACAAUUAGAAGUAUUGCACCAGUUUCUGGCAUUGCAGUUAUAUCUGACGCACCUAAAUUACAAUAUCCGUUAAGAAAAAUGGAUUCUUCUGAUCAAGCCUGGUGGUUACAAAAUUCGGAAAAUAAUAAUGAAGAUCCAAAUGUAUGUACAAAUACAGAUUUUGAUUUAAAUAUGAACAACACACUGACUAAAAUCCCUUCAUAUAAUAUAAGGAAAAUGGAUUCUUCAGAUAGAAAUCGGUGGUUAGAAGAAGCUGAUCAAGCUGAUAAUAAUGAUGUGCCAUUGUCGAGUACCGAAAGUAAUUCUUAUUCAGAAUCAACGAAGAGUAACUCUACAUCAAGUAAAAGUCAUUCAUAUGGAAUUAGAAAAAUGGAUUCGUCUGAUAGAAAUCUAUGGUUAAAAGAAGCAGUCCAAGAAGAUUUAAUUAAUGAAAAACAAAAACCAUGUGCUCAGAAUAUUUCAAAUGUUGGAUGUAUUAAGAGUAGUACUCAAUCAAGCGUAAGUCCUACAUACAAUAUUAUAAGAACAGAAUCAAGUAUUGGAGGCCAAUGCUUGAAAGAUAUUGAAACGCAGGGCUCUAUAUUAUAUAUUGAUAGUGUUUCAAAUCCAGAUACACAUACCAGUCAUUCUCCAUCAACUACAAAUCAAACAUAUAGUGUUAGGAAAAUGGAUUCAUUUGAUACGCCUUGGUGGUUAACAGAAGAAAAAAGUUCAUGCGCAAGUGAUGAAUCCAAAUUAAGCUCAAAUAUAAUAGAGGUUAGAAAAAGUGACUAUUCUCAAACAAAAAGUCCAGAAAUGACGACAUCAUAUGGAGUCAGAAAAAUGGAUUCCUUUGAUAGCCCAUGGUGGUUAUCAGGAGAUGAGGCUAAAAAAGUAAAUUCAUUAAGUGAUAUUUCAAUUAAAAACCAAAGCGUCGAAGAAAUUUCCAACGAAUCAUUUCCAUUUAAUUCUGAAAAUGAUGUAAAUAUUAAUCCACGUGAAAAUCAAUGGUGGUUGGAAAAUGGCCUCGAAUCUCAGUUAGAAACCGAUUUGCCUAAUUUAAAUGACAAUUCAAAUAUAGAAAUAUCUGAUAAUAAUUAUUAUGCGUCGACAAAGGAAUCAGAUUCUAUUGAUUGGUGGAAAGAAGAUAAAAAAAAUACAGAUGCCAGAAGUACAAGUAUUUCAACUGAUUGGUCGCGUGAUGUCCCUGAAUCAUUUGACCAACAUAAAAAUACUGCAACAGAUGGUCCUAUAAAAACCAUGACUGGUGUUAGAAAAAUGGAUUCAUUUGAUAGCCCAUCUUGGUUAGCAAGUGAAGAAUCAGAAUCUCAAAGUAAUGAGCCUAAACAAACUAGUAGUGGUGAUGCAGUUAGUUCAAGUUCAAAACAAAUAGAAGAACUAGCUGAUAGCAGUCCUGAUUGGUGGGGAGAAAAAAAUGAAAGCGAUGAUUUCGUCAGAACCAAAAAAACUUCUCUUCGAAUAAAGAAAAUUGAGAAUGUCGUGAACGAAAUCGCAGAAAUACCUGUCAAUAAAAUUCAAAAAGAACCAAAUUUACAAGACGAGUUGGACCAGUUAAUGUUAUUUAUUGGAGGUUGUCGAAAUAUUGAUGAUCUACUAGGAAACGAAGAACCUCCACCUGCAGCACCAACAACACCACCAGAUACCGAUUCAGACGAUUGUGUGGAAGUCAGACCUGACCAAGUUCAUAUUCACGACAGCACAGCCCAGAUGUCAACCAUACAAAAGAAACUUACAACGCAUAAGGGAUAA